AUGGACUUCGGGAAUCUCAAGAGUAUACGGAGAGAAACCAUUUACCUAAUAGUGGGAGAUGACAUCAUCCAUUUUGAUAAGGAAGACAUACAUAGAGAGAGAAUCCACUUAGUAGACUACUUCAAAGUAGGAAAGUCCUGCGUGAUAAGGGGAAAAGCAAGAUAUCUGUGCUCCUGUGGAUAUGAAAUAUGCUGGCACAUAAUGAAAGUCAUAGAUUCCAUUGAGCAACAGAAAAACAAUGAGAAAUACUAA